CAUUUUGCAAAAUUCUUCCCAUUAAUUAAAUGGUUAUUAUAAUUGGGAGAAAACUCUCAUUAAUCCGUCUAGCUGAUACGGCAAAGUAGAACUAGUAGAUUUUACACACGUGGUCCUUAAAUCGUAUUGAGGUUUUAAUUCAAACAAAAACAGUAGAGAGAAAGAGUCAACGCCGCUGUAAUCAUUUUUUUUAGGUGAUGAAAUGCGUCGAUAUGAAUACUUUCAUAUAUAUUGAUAUCUUUGUUGUGAUUUUCCCAAUUGUUAAUAGCCAAUUUUUGAACUACGAUCUUCUGAAACAUCAUAUGAAUGUUUUGAAUAUUAAUGCAUUAUCAGAAAGCUGUGAUGGAACUGUGAAUUCAUUAUUUAAUAAGCUCAAUCAAAGCAACAUACCCGAUGAAGAUACUUGGGCAUUGCAAAUGUUGGAUGCGAUUCCUAAAUCUCCGGUAGGUCUUCUUUCAUAUAACAUGGCACAACUUGGUGAUUUCGAUGAAUGUAUUCGUAUACAUUCGAAGAAAUAUAACAUUAUAGGAAAAUAUUGCCUGGGAAAAAUUUCAAUCGACAAUCCAAAUAUUUAUAACAAUUCUGAAUUUGAGCAAAAUCAAUUAUUUCUAAAUACUCUCAUAGGAAAAGCGUCAGCUGGACUGCAAGCUAAGAAAUCUAUAUGGGCAACCUGUUUACCCAGUAAUUGCACCGAAAACGAUGUAAUAAAAAUAAUGAGUCUGACAGAAACCUCUGGUAUUAAUAUAAGUAAUGUCGUCUGCCAGACAAUACAUGAAGUAUAUCCAGAAUUGGAUAGAGAUGCUAUAAUAGGCAUAUCAGUCUUCAGUUUACUUUUUGGAUUGACAAUAAUUUCAACCCUGACAGAUGUUUAUUUCGUAUAUAUAAGGAAAGAGAAACUCAAACCGAUUUAUGAAAGUUUUUCUAUAUAUACGAAUGGAAAAUCUCUCUUUUCAAUUCCAAAUCGCAGUGAAAAUCUUUCUUGUCUCGAUGGAAUGAGAGUCCUAAGUAUAUUAUGGAUUUUAUGGUACCAUGUAACUUAUGCUUCCAUGUCAAUACCACUAACAAAUAAUAUCGAUAUUGUUAAUUUUAUAGAUUCUACGUAUAGUAUGCUGUUCUUGCACGGAGAUAUAGCUACAGAUACUUUUCUAUUGAUUGGAGGUACUUUGGUUACUCACUCGUUUUUUAGAAGAGAAAAAUUUCAGAAAAUGAGGAAAUUUGAUCUUUUCAAACAUUAUCUUCAUAGAUAUAUUCGAUUGACUCCAUUAUUAACACUCGUAGUUUUAUUUGAUACUACUCUGAUUAGAUACUUAAGUUCUGGACCUAUAUGGGAUACUAUUAAUGAGAUUUUGGUAAAACCGUGUAAAACUCAUUGGUGGGAAACUUUACUUCAUAUUCAGAAUAAAAUGAAUCAUGGAAGUAUGUGUGUUAGUCAUUCCUGGUAUGUUGAUGUGGAUAUGCAACUAUACAUUUUAUCACCCUUUAUAUUCUGGUUACUGAAAUUUAACAAGAAACUUGGUAUCAGUGCGUUAAUUCUUGCUACUUUUGCUUCGAUUACUUUGGGUUUCUAUAGAGGAUAUAUACGCGAGAUGUGCGCACAACCAGAUGACGAUAAAGAGAGGUCUUAUUACUCUUAUUUCACUGGAUAUUAUGUACAAACUGAAACUAGAGCUGCAACCUGGCUCUUGGGAACAAUUCUUGGAUAUUUCUUAGCUCAUAAUAAGUACACCGAUGUGAAAAUACCUAAGAAAUAUACAAUUUUUCUAUGGGUGACAACAAUAAUAAUAGUUACCAUGUGUGUAUUCGGUGGUUAUGAUCUAUACAGAUGUAAGAAUUCUAACAGAGUUGUAAAUGCACUAUACAUCGCUUUAAAUAGGCCUGUAUUUACAAUGGCAAUCAUUUGGAUAAUAUGGGCUUGCGCAACAAAUCAUGCAGGUGCAAUCAAUCUAUUUCUAUCUCAUCCUGUCUUCCAGUUUUUAAAUAAGUGUACAUACAGCUUUUAUCUUAUACAUAUGAGUUACCUGUAUAUAGCGUUUGCAUCUAUAAAAACUGCAAUGUAUUUCGGUUUAUAUUAUAUAACUUUCUGGUAUUGUCAAAUACUUUUAGCAACCUUUGGUCUGUCGAUAAUAUGUAUACUUCUAAUAGAAAUUCCGUUUGCGAAAUUGGAGAAAAUUAUGAUUCAAAAUCACUAGAUACCUUAUCGGAAAAAUUUAAAUUUCAUUUUUUCCAUAGAAUACUAAUUUAUUGUAUACCUGGUUGAAUGUUGAUCAUAAUUU